UUGUUGCAUAAAGAGGGAAGACAUAGAAAAGUGAGGAGAGGAAGGGUCAGUUCACAGCAGAAACACUGCCGAGAGAAGAGACGAGUCAGAAAGAGAGAAAGAGAAACUGAUCGUCUCAAGCAUCCAACGAAUCAGGAUGUUUGUUCUCAUCUGGGCAACUCUGCUUCUCUCUGUUAUAAGCAGCAGUUCUUACACAGGUGGAUCAGUGAAGGAAACAUGUGACUAUGGGUUCUGCAUUACUCUUAGUGAAAGAGAAAUAACAGCAGAGGCUGGACUCUGUGCUGUGAUACCGUGUUCUUUCACUCCUGGUUAUGGCUUUACAGUCUCCAGUGUAGUUUGGUUCAAAUGUGAACCAUCGAAACCAAGAUGUGUUGAAUCAGACAUAAUAUUUCGCAGUAACAAGAACAGAAGAAAUAUUCAGUCAGGGUUUGAAGGACGAGUGUCACUGUUGGAUCCUGAUGUGAGUCUGAACAACUGCAGCAUCAUCAUCAAUGACAUCACUGAGUCAGACUCUGGAUCAUAUCAGCUCAGAGUUAAUGGUAUCAGAUAUAGGACGACAGAUGGAUUUACAUUCUCUCCAAGAGCAACUGUCUCUGUUAAAGAUCUGACCCAGAAGCCCACAGUGAUGAUUCCUCUUCUGACAGAGGGACAACACACCACACUGACCUGCACUGCUCCUGGUCUCUGCUCUGGAUCUCGUCCUAAAAUCACCUGGAUGUGGAGAGGAACAGGAGAGAACCACUCUCACAUCACAGGAAACAUCACUGAGUUCAAGACUGAGAAUCUGACUGCUGUCACACAGAGACACAGCUCAACUUUGACCUUUAACCCUUCAGCUGAACACCACGGCACCAGUGUCACCUGUAAGGUCAGCUUCACAAACAACAUCACUACAGAGGAGACAGUGACUCUGAAUGUGACCUGGAUUUUGAAGAUCUCAAAAAACUCUGGAUGUAAGGUUCAGUCAGAAGUCCUGACCUGUGUGUGUAUCAGUGAGGGGUUUCCUUUACCCACCAUCAGAUGGCCGCUGUUGAAGAACCAUUCUGAGUACUCUGUUGUUACAACUGUGUCAGACCACACAGUCAACAGCAGUGUUACUGUUCCUGUAAAAGACCACAUCUACACCACUGUCAGAUGUGUCAGCAGCAAUGAAAAUGAGGAAGUGCAACAGAAUAUCAACAUAAUCGUGGCUUCAGAGAGACAAGAAGAUCAGCAUGGACCAAGUGCAGUGCUUCCAUGGGUGGUCGCUGCUGUAUCUCUCAUUGUGAAUGUCAUCCUGAUUAUAUGUGUGCUGAUCCUUUGGAACUCAAGAAAAAAGGUGAAAUCAAACCAAGAGGACAGAACUUACAUGUCACUGAAGAAAACCGACCAAUCACCAGAGUAUGAUGUUAUCGGCCAACCUCUGAACUAACAAGAGUCCACUUCCACCAAGUAUAGAAGAAGAUGGUACUUCUGUACUCUGACUGAUCUGUUAAAUCAUAUUUGUACAUGUGUAAAAUUUUAUGAACAUUGCAUUUCUUAGGGUUAUUAUUUAUUUCAUUAUCUUUUAUUGACUCAGUGUAAGUAACAUUUGCCAUCACCUGUUUUCACACCACACACCUUCACACGUGAAUUGCAUUUGUAAUUGCUUGUUUAUCUCUAACAAUGUGUCUGGAAUACGUUCUGUAAAAUCUACCUAAAAGGGAGGAAUUUAUCUCUGUAGGAUUGCAUAUGUAAUUCUUUUGACAAUAAAAGCCAUUUUAACUUGUA